UUAGCUGGCUGAAUCCGUCUGCCUCCUUAUUUCAGCCUCCCCCUUCCAUGUCGACGCUGACCUCACCAUCUUCUGCCUCUGCGGUCUCUCUCCAGAUUCAGGACGCUGCUGCAAGAAGACGCGUCCGUGAUAGCCACUUCGAAAGAAAAAUGACUUAUACCACAAAUGAAAAGUCACUGAAAAACCAAAAUUUCUUUAGGAGGACCGAUGCUAGCGUGGGGGAUGGGACGAAAUUCUUCAUCUUUUGUAAAUUAUAAUAUAAUAUGUGGUAUUCAUGUCUCAUUGAUAUGAACAACAAAGACAUAACAAGACUUUAUUUUUUUCUCCGACUCACCUGUUCCUUCCACAAACAUCUCAAGAAUCAUUGUUGUGGCUACCAUGGGAGUCACCACCUUCAUGGAUGAUCAAGAACUGAGGAAGGGUGAAGAAAUCACACCGGCUCUGUUAAAGGCAAUUCAAGAAUCUAGGAUUGCCAUUGUCAUUUUUUCACAAAACUAUGCAUCAUCAACUUUUUGUUUGCAAGAACUUGUGAAUAUUAUGGAGUGCUUCAAACACAAUGGCAUGUUGGUUUGGCCUGUUUUUUAUCAAGUGGAACCAUGUGACGUGCGGUAUCAGAAAGGAAGCUAUGCAGAAGCACUAGCCAAACAUGAAAGCAAAAUUAGUGACAAGAAUAAGGUGAAAAAAUGGAGAUCAGUUUUGCAAGCAGCUGCUAAUCUAUCCGGUUUUCAUUUCAAACAAGGGUACGAAUAUGAUUUCAUCCGAAAUAUCAUUCAAGAAGUCUCUAGAAGGAUCAAUCGGAGCCCUUUAUAUGUUGCUAAUUAUCCAGUUGGCUUAGAGUCUCGCGUCCAAAAGGUGAAGUCACUUCUUGAUCUUGAGUCAAAUGAUGGAGUCCACAUGGUAGGGAUUUAUGGGAUAGGUGGAAUUGGAAAGACAACACUUGCAUGUGCACUAUACAAUUUCAUUGCUCAUCAAUUUCAAGGUCUCUCUUUUCUCGCUGACAUUAGAGAAAGUUCGGUGAAAAAAGAGUUGGUACAACUUCAAGAGACACUUCUGCGUGAUUUAGUUGGAGAGAAAGACAUUAAGUUGGAGAAUGUAAAGAAAGGGAUUCCAACUAUUAAAAGUAGGCUCUGUAAAAAGAAAGUUCUUUUAAUUUUGGAUGAUGUUGACAAAUUGAAGCAAUUAGAAGUACUUGCAGGUAGACUUGAUUGGUUUGGUUCUAGCAGUAGAAUUAUUAUAACAACUAGAGAUAUCCAUUUGCUACAUGUUUAUGGUGUUAAAAGAACGUAUGAAGUAGAAGGAUUAAAUCAUAAAGAAGCCCUUGAAUUAUUUAGCUGGAAUGCUUUCAGAAGCAAACAGGUCAAACCUGGUUAUCUGGACAUUUCAAAGAGAGUCAUAAAGCAAUCUUAUGGCCUACCGUUAUCUCUAGAAAUAAUAGGCUCUGAUUUAUUUGGUAAGACAGAGUCACAAUGUAAGUCAGCAUUAGAUGCUUACGAAAGAAUUCCUCACGAAGAUAUUCAGCAAAUCCUAAGGAUAAGCUAUGAUGGGUUAAAGGAAUUUGAAAAGCAGAUAUUUUUAGACAUUGCUUGUGUUUUUAGAGUACAUAGUACUGAUGUCAUAAAUAUUCUUCAUAGUGGUCGUGGCUCUGCCCCAGACUAUGCUAUCCAGGUGUUGAUUGAUAAAUGUCUAAUAAAAAUUGAUCUACAUCGUGUGAAAAUGCAUGAUUUGAUUGUGGAUAUGGGUAGAGAAAUUGUACGGCUUGAAUCACCUUCAAAACCAUGUGAACGCACUAGAUUAUGGUUCUCUAAAGAUAUUCUUCAUGCUUUCAAAAAGAACAAGGGAUCUGAUAAAACCAAGAUCAUUAUGCUACACUUGCCUAAAGUUAAAGAAGUGCAAUGGGAUGGAACCGCUUUGGGGAAGAUGGAAAACCUUAAAAUAUUGGUGGUAGAAAAUGCUCACUUUUCUAGAGGACCUAAUUCUCUUCCAAAAAGUUUAAGAGUGGUAAAAUGGUGUGCAUAUCCUGAAUCAUCAUUGGCUGCUGAUUUUGAUCCAAAGAAACUUGUCAUAUUGGGCUUGCCUUUGAGUUCUUUUUCAUUUAAGAAUUAUCUUAGGGUUCUUCCUUGUAGCAUGAACUUAACAUCUCUUAAAACCAUGUACCUUAGGAAUUGCACAAGUCUCACGAGUUUUCCAGAAGUUUUAGGGAACAUGAAAAACAUUCGGGAACUUGAUAUGAGUGAUAGUGGUAUAUAUGACUUACCUUCUUCAAUUGGAAAUCUUGUUGGGCUUGUAGUUCUUAUUCUAACUAUUAGGGAAGGUCAAGAUCUAGAAACAAUGUCUUCACGUGUCAAGGAUGCUAGUUUUGACUUUUGCUAUCUGACAGAUAAAUUUCUUUGUGCACUUCUUCCUUGCUUGCGCAAUGUUACAGAUCUAUCCCUCAGUAACAGAAAUAUCACAAUCCUUCCAUCAUCCAUUGGUGCAUGUCUUUCCUUAACAACACUUCGUUUGAAUGAAUGCAAGGAGCUUCUAGAAAUCAAAGGCUUGCCACCAAACAUAAAAUUUCUUUAUGCCUUUAAUUGCACAUCGUUGACUUCCAAGUCUAAGGAGAUGCUACCGAAUCAGACACUACACGAGACUGGGGGCAAACGUUUUCUACUUCCAGGAUCAACUAUCCCAAGUUGGUUGAAUUGCAGUAGCAAGGGUCCAUCAAUGCGUUUCUGGUUUCGUAACAAGUUCCGGGCAAUUACUUUAUGUGCUGCUGGACUUUUCCGUGGUUACGCGUACUGUGAGUGGCAGCUGAAAGUUAAUGGUAUGCAACAGUUCCCUGUAAUUUCUCUAAGUGAAUGUGAUAGUGUUGCUGGAGCUUAUUCAAAUCGGACAAAUCAUACAAUUCUGUCCGAUCCACUUGAAAUAGGGAAUAAUAAAUUUGAAAGAUUACAUAUGAGGAAUGGAUGGAACAGUGCUGAGAUUUUGUUUGAGAAUUAUGGACGACCAAUAGAAGAAAAUGCACAAGAGCUUACUCGGUAUUUCUGUGCAUUAUUUUGUUACCUGUGGCUAAUUGGUUGUUUGAAAGUUGAUACUAAUGUGCCUAAACAGUUUAUUAAAAGAUUGUUUGAAACUUUUAAUUCCACAAUCCCAACAAUCAUGGCAAAGUCAACAUCCUCUUCCUUUGCCUAUCAAUGGACUUAUGAUGUUUUUCUGAGUUUUCGGGGUGAGGACACCCGCAUUGGUUUUACUGGAAACCUUUUUCAUGCUCUGUGUCAAAAGGGAGUCAACACCUUCAUGGAUGAUCAAGAGCUGAGGAAGGGUGAAGAAGUGACACCAGCUUUGUUAAAGGCAAUUCAAGAAUCUAGGAUUGCCAUUGUCAUUUUUUCACAAAACUAUGCAUCAUCAACUUUUUGUUUGCAAGAACUUGUGAAUAUUAUGGAGUGCUUCAAACACAAUGGCAUGCUGGUUUGGCCUGUUUUUUAUCAAGUGGAACCAUGUGACGUUCGCUAUCAGAAAGGAAGUUAUGCAGAAGCACUAGCCAAACAUGAAAGCAGAAUUAGUGACAAGAAUAAGGUGAAAAAAUGGAGGUCAGUUUUGCAAGCAGCAGCUAAUCUAUCCGGUUGGCAUUUCAAACAAGGGUACGAAUAUGAUUUUAUCCGAGAUAUCAUUCAAGAAGUCUAUAGAAGGAUCAAUCGGAACCCUUUAUAUGUUGCUAAUUAUCCAGUUGGCUUAGAGUCUCGCGUCCAAAAGGUGAAGUCACUUCUUGAUCUUGAGUCAAAUGAUGGAGUCCACAUGGUAGGGAUUUAUGGAAUAGGUGGAAUUGGAAAGACAACACUUGCUUGUGCAGUAUACAAUUUCAUUGCUCAUCAAUUUGAAGCUCUCUCUUUUAUUGCUGACAUUAGAGAAAAUUCAGUGAAAAAAGACCUGGUACAGCUUCAGGAGACACUUCUUUCUGAUAUAGCUGCAGAGAAAGACAUCAAGUUAGGGAACGUAAAGAAAGGGAUUCCAAUAAUUAAAAGUAGGCUAUGUAAAAAGAAAGUUCUUUUAAUUUUGGAUGAUGUUGACAAAUUGAAGCAAUUAGAAGCACUUGCAGGUGGACUUGAUUGGUUUGGUCCAGGCAGCAGAAUUAUUAUCACAACCAGAGAUAUCCAUUUGCUACAUGUUCAUGGUGUUGAAAGAACUUAUAAAGUUAAAGGAUUAAAUCAUGAAGAAGCCUUUGAAUUGUUCAGCUGGAAUGCUUUCCAUAGAAAGCAGGUUGAUCCUGGUUAUCUGGACAUUUCAAAGAGAGUAUUGCAACAUUCUAAUGGCCUACCAUUAUCUCUGGAAAUAAUAGGCUCUGAUUUAUAUGGUAAGACAGAGUUGGAAUGGAAGUCAGCAUUAGAUACUUAUGAAAGAAUUCCUCAUGAAGAUAUUCAACAAAUCCUAAGAGUUAGCUAUGAUGGCUUAAAGGAAUUUGAAAAGGAAAUAUUUUUAGACAUUGCUUGUUUCUUUAAAGGAUACUGUCUGCAUGAUGUCAUAAGCAUACUACAUAGUGGUCGUGGCUCUGCCCCAGACUAUGCUAUCCAGGUGUUGGUUGAUAAAUGUCUAAUAAUAAUUAAUCGACAUUGUGUGAGAAUGCAUGAUUUGAUUGAAGAUAUGGGUAGAGAAAUUGUAAGGCUUGAAUCACCCUCAAAACCAGGUGAACGCAGUAGAUUAUGGUUCUCUAAAGAUAUUCUUCGUGUUUUCAAACAGAACAAGGGAUCUGAUAAAACUGAGAUCAUCAUGCUACACUUGCCUAAAGUUAAAGAAGUGCAAUGGGAUGGAAUCGCAUUGGAGAAUAUGGAAAACUUCAAAAUAUUGGUGGUAGAAAAUAUUCACUUUUCUAGAGGACCUAGUGCUCUCCCAAAAAGUUUAAGAGUGCUAAAAUGGAGCCUAUAUCCUGAACCAUCCUUGCCUACUAAUUUUGAUCCAAAGAAACUUGUCAUAUUGGACAUGCCUAUGAGUUCCUUUACAUUCAAGAAUCAACUGAACAUGAAAUUCAAGUCUUUGAUAGAAAUGAAUUUCAGUGGUUGCCAAUUACUAAAAGAAAUACCCGACAUGUCUGGAGCACCAAAUUUGAAGAAAUUGCAUCUUGUUAAUUGCAAAAAUUUAGUUGAAGUUCAUGAUUCUGUUGGAUUCCUUGAUAAACUGGAAUAUUUGAAUCUUGAUGAUUGCAGCAGUCUUAGGAUUCUUCCCUAUGGCAUGAACUUAACUUCUCUUAAGAACAUGUACCUUAUGAAUUGCACAAGUCUGAGGAGUUUUCCAAAAAUUUUAGGGAAGAUGGAAAACAUAGAUUCACUUUAUUUGAGUGGUAGUGACAUAAGUGGCUUGCCUUUUUCAAUUGAAAAUCUAGUUGGACUCAAAUUCCUGGGUCUCAAUGGAUGCAGAUGGCUACUUGAACUACCAAGUAGUAUUUUUAAGCUGCCACUACUUAAGAUGUUGGGUGCUGACUUUUGUGAGCGGCUUGCUCGAGUUCAGAAUGGGGAAGGUCAAGGUCAAGUAACAAUGUCUUCAAGUGUGGACUAUGUUAAUUUUAAUCAUUGUUAUCAUUUGACAGAUCAAUUUCUUUGCACAGUUCUUCCUUGGUUGCACAAUGUAACAUAUCUAUCCCUUAGUUAUAGUAAUAUCACAAUCCUUCCAUCAUCCAUCAGUGUCUGUGUCUCCUUAAAAACACUUUAUUUGAAUGGAUGCAAGGAGCUUCGAGAAAUCAAAGGCCUUCCACCAAACAUAAAAAAUCUUUCAGCUAUCAAUUGCACAUCUUUAUCUUCUGAGUCUAAUGAAAUGUUACUGAAUGAGAGACUACACGAGAAUGGGGGCAGAGAUUUCAUAUUUACAGGAUCAAGUAUGCCAAGUUGGUUGAAUUGCAGUAGCAAGGGUCCAUCCCUGCGUUUCUGGUUUCGUAACAAGUUCCCGCCAAUUACUCUAUGUGUUGGAGGAAUUGGUAGCUAUCACCGUUCGUGGCGCCUGUUGGUUAAUGGCGUGUCACAUUUGGUACCACCUUACAUUGGUGGAAGAGGUUUCAAUGAGUUUACAGAUCAUACUUCUGUGUAUGAUGGGCUCGAAAAAAGACAUGUUAAAAAAGAUGGGAAUGGAUGGAACUGUGCUGAGAUUUUGUUUUGGAAUUGUAUAACAUGGACGGGAGUACGUGUACUGGAACAAAAAACAAACAUGGCAGAUAUUCAAUUUACAAAUCCCCACUUUUCAGUAGCAGAUAAAUAAUUCGGGAAUGAAUUUCUCGCUGCCCAAAUAAAAUGGAUGGGAGUACAUGUACCGGAACAACAAAAAAACAAACAUGGCAUAUAUUGAAUUUAUAAAUUCCCACUUUUCAAUAAUAGAGAAAGAACUCGGGAAUGAAUCUACAAAAAGAAGGAUACAGCAAGGUAUUAUAUGUAAAAAAA